AUGGAAAUCGCAGCGGAGGAUUCCCUCGGGCAGCCGGUUCGGUGCAGCGAGCCAGCAGGCCGCGCCGCGCAGUCCCAUGGGCGCCCCGCCUCUGCGCAGGCUAGGGCCGUCCAGCGGCCUGCAGAGCCUGUUGCGCGGGCCUCCUCCAUUUCUUCUUUGCCACGCCUGAGAGACGCGACGUCAAUUGAAGAGUACCGACGGAAGAGGGAAGAAAUGCGGCGAGCCAAGGAUCGCGCCGAGCGCGCAGACGAAGAGCGCCGCCUUCUCGCCCGGGCAAAGCGCCUCGUUUCCUUCAAGCACUCUCUCGACAGAGUGACAAGCCAAAUCGCCGCGUCCAGCGAGAAACAGCGGAUAAAACAGGAAAAGGAAUACGAGAGAAGAAAGGCGGAGGCCCUGCUCCUGACUGGCGCCGGCCUCAACCCGACUGAGAUCUUCAAAGUUAGAGAGGCGCAGCGGGAAGCGGAGCGGAGGGCGCGGGCGCUCGCGGAGAGGCAGCGGCGGCGGAAGGAAGAGACGCUCGAGCGUCUCGCCGAGGAGGACCGUUUGCACGCGCCGACCGAAGCAAGUGCCCGACAAAGGCGCGCCGCAGAAGAGCAGUUUCAGAAAGAAAUAGGCGCCCUUCGGCAGAAGGAGGUUUCGAGGUACCUAGAAAAGAUGACGGGCGGCGGCAAGCUCUCCGCGGCGGCCUCGAUGGGCUCGCAGGGCGCGCGGGCGAUCUUACCCAGCUCGCUGCUUCAAAAAGAGCGGCUGCCGUGUGCAAGUUCAACGAGCCCAACGCCUCCAAGCGUCGAGAGAACGCGGGCGGAAUCUGUCGUUGCAGACCUCCGGCGCUCGUGGCUCACGUUCCCAGGCGGCGACGACAAAGACUUGGGGUCGCUGGCGCCGUUGCGAGGAUCUGCGCCUUUUCACUGGAGACCGAAACUAAGUCGCUUUGAGCAGCGAAGUCUCCGGCGGACUCUCAACGCACAGCGGGAGCGUCUGAGGUGCGGCGAAGUCCAGAAUGCGGCCGGGAAGGUCCAUAGGGGGCGGAGUUUUCAUUUGAAGCCGGAGGUGAUUCUGUUUGAGAACUUUGAUCCCAACAAGGUGUACAGACAGACCUUUGAAGUCACCAACGUGAGCCUCACGUUCAACACGUUUCGCAUCGCGCCGGUUCCUGAGGAGCUCCGCGACGUCAUCGAAGUGGACUUCGUCCCGCCUGGGCGCAUGUCGGCCGGCACCACUGCAAGCGUCACCGUGACGUUUUCGCCGAAGAAAAACGUGGAUAUCGUCGCCGAUCUCGCGAUCCUCGCGCCGACAGGUCCCGAGACCUUUCCGCUCCGCUGCCUCACAAGGAAAACCGUGCUUAGCUUUGCGCCGCCGCCCGUCGCAGUCGCGGACUUCAUCGCAGCCGCGCGCGCGGAGGACGCCGACGCCUACUCCGAGACUGCCGAGCAGCAAGAAAACACACAAUCCGCCAAACAGCCGCCUUUAGGAAGCUCGAAAGACACGAACAUCCAGGAAAGCUUCGCCGCGCUGGCCUCCAAAGCCUUCAGAACGCGCCCCUUGAGCAUCCACUCUAACGUAUAUUUACUGCGCUCACCGCCACGCGGCCUUGCGGGUCUCGACGGCGCGUCCGCUGCCUCUCUGCGGUCGGCGCCUGUGGCGGCGGACGCCUCGAAGCUCCUCGUUCUCAGCAUGCGCGAAGUGCAGCUGGGGCAGGUCGGCUCGUGUGCCUUGAGCGUGAGAAACGACGGCGCGCUGGGUUCGCAGUAUAUGCUGCUGCCUCUAGUCUUUGACUUGACGAACGUCGCGUUUCCUCUCUCGCGCCCCUCCUCUGACUCGGCGCUGCUUCUGCCGCCUGGCGACGGCCUCCUGUCUCCACCGCCCCCCUUCGAGGACCCUCGCCCCGCCGCCGAGGAGACAGGGCCUGCAUCGUUGGACCCAGCCGCCUCCGCCCGUGCUCCGGGCUCCAACACGCCAGCGGAGGCGGAAGCUGCGCCUGAGGCGGAGGCGUGUGCGUCAGUCGCCUGCGCCUCGGACUCGGUUUCCUCCUUCGCGGCGGCGUUUGCGAACUUCCAAGAUGCGUUCGACGCGAGGGACACUGUCUCCGCGGACAAGCUUCUCGUCAGCGAAUCGUUCAGCAGCUCGUACCAGAGUCUUUUUGACAGCCUCGGGCUGAUGCAGCUGCUCAACACGUGGAGCUACGAGCCGGUGAAUCUGCAGCACUUUGUCGUGGAGAACGCAGUCGCCGCCUUUGAGCCGCACGACUCGCAAGUCAUUCGCUUCAGCUACGCCCCUUCAGAGCCGGGCGAGUUCUACGCGUUCUUCGUCCUCAAGGCACGAAAUCCUGCGGUCGCCGAUCGCCUUGUGUUGGUUCAGGGCCGCUGCGUGCCGCCGCCGGUCUCGGUGGCGUCCGCGCAGUACGACUUGGGUGUAUGUACACCGGAGAACACCUACCGACAGCGGCUGUGGCUGGACAACUCGCAGAGUACCGCGAUCAAGGUCUGGGUCGCGGCGCCAUCGCUGCCGCCAGACGAGCUCUGGUUCGAGCCGCAGACGUCCUUCAUUCAGGCACACCAGAAGCUGAGCAUCACCGUCGGUUUUUGCCCGAGCGAGCAGUUCUUCUCGCGAUUUCCGCAGUUCGUUCAGGAGCUCGACGCAGCGACGAAACAGAAUCACCCGGGCUCCCUCGCCUUCUCCAUUCCGAUAAAAAUCGAAGGCGCCGACCAAGUCCUGCCGGCCGAAACCACACUGACCGGCAUCUUGACGCAGAAGGAGGUCCUGGUGUCUCCGGAGUCGCUCGACUUCGGGCCCUGCUUCGAGGGUUCCGCUGUCUCUGUGCCGCUUCUCCUGUUCAAUCCUUCGCUUCUCGCGGUGGAGUACGGAUUCUGCAACCUCCACAGAGACCUGGCGAUCUUUGAGGCGGUUUCUACAGAGCGCCCUUACUCGCCGCUGCUGAUGUCGUCUCUUGCCUCACCUCCCGCGCCAUCCCCUUCGCAAAGCUCCGCCGAGCCCGGACGCGAAAGCGCCACCCCCGCGCCCGUCUCGCAAUCCGGCGUCCUCCGCGCCCCCCCGUUGUCUUCUUCGUUCUCACAAGUGCUGUCUGCGGAUCUUUCAGAUCCACUCCUUCUCGCGGGCGGGAAGUCGCUGAGCAGUGUCCGUUCACCGCCCCGAGGCGCGCCGGCGAACCAUUCGGUCUGGGUCUCGCGGGUUCUCUCGCCGGAGUCUCUCUCGGAGCUCGACGCGCAGAAGAUGCUCCCCGACGACCGCGUGCUCGCGCACCCACGCCGCGGCGAGUUUGGCCUGCUGCUUCCAGGAGAGAUCCGAAAGCUGCUGGUCGUCUACGCGCCUAACCAGCACUCCCCAGAAAACCCGAGCUUCGGCGGACUCAGGGCGGCGCCCGACGCCCCCGCCGUACGCGCAGACGACUUUCUGCUGCGAACCCUCGUCGGCAGUCAGGCGGCGCUGGAGCGGAAGAUCGCCUGGCGCGCGUCGCCCGCUCUCGCACAAGUCGCAUUCCAUCCUUCUCCCGCCCUUCGCCUCCCCUGUGUGCCCGUCGGCGAGUCUGCGGCAGACGCUCUCGUCAUGCGCCUGGCACCCGCGCUCCUGCGGAAGCACCCCCCCCUGCAGCUGCGCCAGAAAGGCCUUCCCUCGCCCAGGUCGCCUUCGCCCUCGCCCGCGGUCUCUGCGCAGGGCGUCGCUUUCUCCGCGCCGCGCGCCCGCCUCCCAGAUGCCGCCGAAGAGCCCAGCAGCGGAGGACGCGGAGUGUCUGCAAGCGCGGCGAGCGCGUGGACUCGGAACCCGUCGCAGCGGCUCUCUGUCGCCUUCUCACCAGACGCGGCCUACAUGCGCAGCGCGCGCGCUGCGCCGCCGCCUCCGCCUCAACGCACCGGCGAGGAAGACGCGGCCCCCUGUCCCUCAGCAGCAGCCGCGCCGGGCUUCAAGGCGGCGGGCGACGGCGCAGCAAGCCCGAGAGGGGGCGAGCGGGAGGAGCAGGAGCGCAGCAGAGAGCGUAAGGGGCGAGUGGAGGCCUCCGGCGGCGCCCGCGUGCGCGAGCCCGCCGAGUCUGCGCAGACAGCAGGGGGUGGCGGCGCCCAGACGCUGAAGUUCGCCUGCGCAACGGGAGCCAGCGAGCCCGACGACGGCGCGGCCGCGAGGGAGAGCGAGGCAGAGAAGGCGCGCAGCAUGCAACGGAGAGAAGACUCAGAAGACGGCGCGGAGGGAGAGGAUGACGAGGAGCUGCUCAGAGAGAUACGCGAGCACGGAGGGAAGAGGUGGAGGUCUGGGCGCGAGCCCACGCCCUCGCCGUCGGGCGAGGCGCGAGAAGGAAGCCCUGAGGCGCGGCAGGACGCUUUGGAGGGAGCCGACGCGCUUCGUGAGGCAAACCAGAAACGCAGAAACGCCUUUGUUCACGCCCACUGGAUCGUUCCAGUCAGAUGCCGCCUGCAAGAACCAGGUCGGGCGGAAGAGACGUUCUUCUCCUUCCUCGAGAUAUCGACUUGCGCGACGCCUGCGCUCCUCUUCGCGUCUCCCACAGUCCUCGACUUCGGGGACGUCAUCAUCGGCACGGAGUCGCGCCUCCGCUGCACGCUGAGGAGCCUGGAGCCUCCUCACAGCGCCUCCAACUCGCGCUGCGUUCGUUCCUACGUCCCGUCCGUCGCGCCCAGGCUGCGUGCGAAGACUCUUCCUUUCUCCUCUUGCUUCGAGCUCGCUAGCGCCCUGCGACCAGUUGAACCGGAAGCGCCCCUCGCCGUUUCUGUCGCCUUCCACCCCCGCGCGCCUCAAGUCUACAAGGCGACGCUGCGCCUUCUCGGGGGGAGCGCGCGACUGUCGAUCGAGCUCCGCGGCCGAGGCAUUGGCGCAGACUGGGUCAUCACGCCUCCCGACUCCGACCUCGACUUUGGAGCCGUCGCCGUUCCCCCGCGGACUCCAGCGAGAGGUGGGAAGCCAGGCGGCGGGCCCCAGCUCUGCCCGAGUUGGACAUUUCGCGUUUUGACGGUUCGAAAUCCCGCUUCUUCGUGCGCGGUGCGCUUCCGCGUCGAGUGCCUGCACACCUCGCACCCGGAGGUUGAGGCGCGCGGGGCGCUGCGGCCGUUCGCGACCUUCUCGUGCUUCCCGCUGCAGGGAGAAAUCCCUCCAAACGCAUCGCAGCAGUUUUUCUUCGCGUUUCGGCCGAGCAAGGCAGAAGGCCUUCACACGGCCGUUUUCCGAUUGAUUUCCUCCAAUGACGCCCAGCGACCGCACACGGUGCGCCUGCGAGGCCUCGCCCUCUCGCACCAACUCUACGCGCAUCCUCCCUUAUCAUCCUCGCUACCAUCGUCCUCGUUGUCGCCCUAUCCGUUUUCCUCUCUAUCUCUCUUUCUGCCUCCCCUCUCGGCACUCUCUGCUCCCUUGCGGCCGGCGCCAGGCGCCCCGCCUGCCGCGGCUUCCGCCGCCUGCGGCCUCGUGGCUGCCGUGCCGCAGCCGCUGGCUCUCUGCGAACGCGCGGGGUUCUUCGCGCUCGCCGAAAGGUUUCCGCCUCCCCUCCAGUCUCCGUCCGCCUCUGCAUUUCCCUCUGCAUUCGCCUCCGCCUUCCCUUCUGCCUUCGCUUCUGGCUGCGCCUCCGCUCUGCCGCCGCCGCUGGGGUCGCCUUCGUCUCCCCGCGGAGCUCACCCGCAGGCGCCGGCUGCGGCGGCGGCCUCGGCGCCGCGGCCGCGAGAGGUUUGUGGAGACGUCUGCGCACCGGCGCGCUGGCUGACUGCAGGGUCGUCGCACAAGGCGGUCUUCGAGCUGCGCUUCUCGCCAGAGGCGCCAGCCCCCGGCGACGAGACGCCGCUCAGCGAGGCUGCGGCUGGCUCGCCGAAACUCUGCGCGACGCCGCGCGCCGACAAGAAGGACGAGGCGCUCCAGCGGACUGCAUGCGGCGCAGCCGGCCUCGAAGACGCGCGUCUCGUUCGCGCCUUCAUCGUCGGCGCGGCCUGGGAGCCCGCGGGGCCACCGGCGAAGGGCGGCGGUGGCGCGGCCGCAUGCGACGGCGCCGCGAAGCACCCUUCCGCCGGUGGCGGCGGAGGCGCGCAGGGUGGCAAAGAGGUCGCCGGCGCGGCUGCAUGCGACGGCGCCGGCGGCGCAGGGGCUGCGUCUGCGCCUUUGAGUCCCGCGUUUUCUGCGCUGUCGCUCGCGCAGCCGCAGGGGCGGAACCCGCCGUUCGCCGACGGCAAAGGAGACGCGGUGGGGUCGUUCGAGUUUUCGAUCGAGGGCGAGAAUGCCGAGUUCUUCGCCGUCGAGCCCGCGCGCGGAAUGCUGGCGAGCGGAGCGCAGCAAACAGUUAACUUUUUCUUCACUCCUGGCCUCUGCAGAACCUCCGCCCGGACGCGCGCCCUCCUCAGCCACGCAGCGAGUCUUGCGCCGCCGGGGCGUUGGGUGGCGGCUACCGCCCGCGGCUUCCUCCGCGGUGGCUUCUCGCCGUCUGGCCUUUCUCAGCAAGAAUUUGAGAUUCGCCUCUCCGGAUUCGCCUCGAGUGCGCCCUGA